AGUCGGGCCAGGGCGGACGCAGGAAACCUCUCCGCCGAGAUGAAGUAAGUAAACCAGGCGUGCAUGCGUUACGGUAACGUCUGUUUCGAGCGUUUACGCAAACCACAUUGCAGGUCUACCGGCGGUGGACUUCUUGGGGGCGCCAAGGGCCGAGUGCUCGCCCUACUCGGCCCUGCAAGUACCGUACCGGCGCGGCCUGCGCCCUUCGUGAGCAGCCACUGCGAAAGCGACUCCCAGCAACCACACACCUCAGCUGUGACUGAGGUGUCACAGCCAGGCGACACCUCAGUCUCUGCAGCCUCAGCACCUCAGCAGCAACCACCAUCUGCGAGCACCGGCGUUACAGGAAGAAGGUGUACUGCCAGCCGGCCUCCAAGAGCUACAUCAAGAGGCCGCUUGCUGCAGCAGGCUGUGGGGGACACCGCGAAAAGGGUCACCCUCGCAGCUGCACGAAAUGAGCUAGCCGAAAAAUUAUUGGAGGAGUCCCGCAAGCAAACUGCUGAGCUGCAGGCGCUCAACAACCAGGUUGGCAGGCUGGCCGACGCAGUGGAGCGGCAGGCAGACGCCCUGGAACGGCAGCUGAGGCCAAUUUCGGAGUUGGCCACAGUCAUGGCCUCAUUUAUUGCAAAUUAUACGCCACAAGUUUAGUGUUGAUUUCGAACUAAUGUGUAUGUAUUAAAACUUCUUAAAAGUACCAGCAUAUGUUUCAAGGUUUACUAGUAAUGUAGUGUGGCAAUGUCACAGGUGAAACUGCCCCAAAUUAUUUUUCAGCAAUUCUUGGAGCAAGUAACAUUGCGUGUUAGAGCAGUCUGGAGCAAACAUAAUUGUAUUUUGGAUCAAUUUGGGGCAGAAAAUAUUCAUUUUGAUGCAGUUUGGAGCAGGCCAAUGUCAAUUUCGGUGGAAUAAUGGAAUUUACAGGGCACUUCGAAAGCACAUAGGUACAUUAAAGACCAACACGAAAACAACAUUACAGUAUGUAAAGAGGCCGCAUUGUGCA